AUGUUACAACAAUAUGGUGAUCUUGCAUUUCAAACAUGUCGAGAAAUCUUUCGUUGUUAUUCAAAAUUAACAGUGAUACAAAAUCUAUUUGCCUUAACAGCAACAAUAACACCAAAUAUUCGUUUACAAAAAUUUUCUGUUUAUUUAUUACAAAAACGACCUAAUUCACCAAUACUUCAUCAUAUGGUUGGUAAUUUUGCAUUGAUUGGUGGCACGUAUCAUUUAGCAAUCAUUCAUUAUAUGAAAUUAUUUCGUUUAACACCCGAUGAACCACUUGUUUCAUUAUUACUUGCUAUUUCAUUUGUACAUGUUGCUUGUCAAAUAUGA